AUGAUUCAUAUAGUGUCUGGCCUAGAAGGCAUAUUUGCUUUCAAUACAAAUGAUUUAAAAGGAAUCGAAAGUGUGCGUUACUCUGUUGAGUUUAACUACGAAAAAAUGUGCUGGUAUUUGUAUGUGCAUCAACUGCGGUUUCUAGUAUCAACUGGAUGUCUUGAUAUAAUUGCUGCUCUCAUCCGCAUUUAUUGUUAUGUCGCGAAAGCGGAUAUUUCAGGUUGGAUGGAAUCAUCUUCUGUAUUCGGAGACAAAGAUAAUUUGAUUUAUACCGGUUUUAUUCUGGAUUGUAUUAGUUGUAUUAUUCCUGCAUCAGCUAUGAUCGUCAUGUUUUUAUUAAUGCUCGGCAAUUGUUGUCAAAACUAUGGAACAUCAAGAUUACAAACUGGAGAGUUUUAUGCGAAAAUUGGCGCUGCGCCCAUUCGUCGGAUGUUAACGAUGCGUUGUAACUGUCCAUGCUAUCGUACACGACCAAAAUUUAGAUUCAUCAAUCGGGUCAUAUUACUGAUAUUAUGUGUAUUAUUCCGAAUAAUCUCUUCAAUUCUUUACUCAGUAGGAGGUCGAACACUGUUAGUGAUAGUGUGUAGUAUAUCAAUUGUAUUCCUACUGAUUUCACUAGCAUAUGAUUAUUAUCAUUAUCGUAUGUGGUGGCAUUAUCGUCCUGAAAAAGAUACUCGUCACACUAAAUAUUCAUCAAAACAUCGACGAUUUUUGCCCUAUCAUAUUUUAGGUGAUAAUCGUGAUCCUAUGACACUGGGCAAUGAACCAUGUACACAUGAACCCUGUGACAAUCGUAAAUUGGAACAUAUUUUGAUCUAUCAUUAUAGUGAUCAUCGUCCACAACAACGUUGGUUUGAUAUUAGUAAUCAGACACAGUUUUAUGUUGGUUUCCAUCGUAGGGGUGCUGAGAAAGCCAUCAAAAUUGCUCAUAGUGAGAUGCCACUUAGUCGAAAAGAACCUCAAAUGCUUGGUUUUGGAAUUUAUUUUGCACGUUCUAUCGAGGACACUAAAGGAAAAGCAAGACAGGAUGGUGCAAUUAUUUGUGCAACAAUACGAAUGGGUAAAGUACUACUUGUUGAAAGAUCAGAUGUAUCCAGAGUACAGGAUACAGAUAGUUGGCAUCAAGAGUAUGAUACAGUUUAUUGUAAGCAUCCAAAUCCUGCACUAGAUGAAUUUUGUAUAAAAAGUGCAGAUCAAAUUCUUGAAUGGGUUAUAGUUAUUGACGAAUCAUGUGAUCGUAAAGUGAAAAAGUAUGGUCUAGAUACCGAAUUUAGUGAUACUCGGUGUCUAUGCAUAUAA